GAGGCAGAGAGGGAGAUCAUAUCCGUCGCAAAGCCGGAGAUGCCUCCGCUGCAGCCCGAUCACAAGUUCCACCCUAUGACCAAGGAUGUUGGCCUCGAGGCUAUGUGCCCAUCUCAUUAUGGGAGGACCACGGCGGACUUCAUGUGUCGAUAUCUUCGGCGAACUGAAGAUGAUCUGAAGCAGGCCUUGGGUCAGAUGGAAUUCAAAAGUGUGGGGGUGCUGUGCGACGCAUCUCCCAAGGCAAAGAUGGAUGCCACUAGCCUGCAACAGCCCAAAGCCCUCAACUGCAUCAAGCAAGACCGGCUAGCUAGCCGGCAAGAGCUGAAGGCUGUGGUCAACAUCCUCAGCCAUGUCGGGAUGUCUAUGGAUGCCUUCUUUCCAAGGAACCCCUUGACUCCAAAAGCUUGCGAGAGGGAAGAGAGGCAGGUGCAUAAGGUGAACUCCCAGAACCUCGCUUUCAUCUAUGACAAAGAGUCCGGGCAGACUCGCUUUGACAUCCCCAUGCACUCCGCCUCGGAGGACGUCCGCCUCGUGUUAUGUGCUGAUCAAGGAUCACCACUCCACACCUGCUUCCAAUUCCUAGCCCACGCGGGAGCGAACAUUUCCUUGAUCCGGGACGAGCUGCUGCUUGGAAUGACGAUGCUGUGUGGAUGGCUCUUUCGGGCGAAGCCCGGCGACCUAUUGAUGCAAAUGUUCCAGCGAGAUAUCUUGAAAGAGAACGAUUUGGAGGAGACGAGCGACGAGACUCUGAACUUCAGCAGGGUGAUAGAGGUGCUGACCAGCGAGGAGUACUUUGCCCUCUUCCGGAUUGCCCGGAACGUCCUCGAACUUGAUUCGGAAACCAAGCAAAAGACCACCAACCAAAAGAACGCCCUGCACGACCACACGCUGAAGAUGAACGGUGAAGCCCUCGAAAACACCCUGGCCGAACUGGUCACGGCGACCUGCAGCAGCAGCAGUCUGGGCAUGCUCCCAGACAUCGCAGUCUCUGGAGAGGAACUGAAAGUGAAGUUUCGCAGAGCCGACUCGCUCUGCAGUGCACUGAAAGAGGGGCACACGAUGCUCCUUGCAAGCAUACACGAGAUGAUGCAGUACGUUCUCUACCUUCGGAGCUCUCCCGCGAAAGCGGCCGCUUUGCUGUCGACGGUGGAGGACGAAACGACUAAGGACGCCGUUCUGAAGGCCCUGGAAGAAGAGUGGCGACUGCUGCUUGCUUUGGAAGGCAGCCCUGCCGGAGCAAUGCUGCUUCGGCAGCACUGCAGCUUUUGCUCCUUCCAGCAAUACCGAGAGGUCAUGACAGUGUACGAAAAGAACGACUGGAAGGUGACCCCAGAAACCACGGCCCUCACCGCGGCCUGGUUCCCGCAGAUGGCUUGGUCGGCAUCCCUCGAAUCCAUUUUCGGAGAUCUUCAAGACGCGACAAAGCGGGCUGGCCGCAGUGACUGCGGCUCCCUCCCCAACCUGUUCGCUGUUGGGGUACGGUCUCUGCAGAACAGGCUUUGUGUGCAGGAAGGCUCUACGAGUCCCGUCAAGCUGGAGGCAGGCGACUGGACGGGAACGCAAGCUCUCGGAGUGAAACCGAAAGCUUUCAACCCUGCCUCUGCACCAGCUUGCAAGAAUGUGGUGGUGGACAACAUCUUGAAGCCGUUUCCCAGCACGACUGCUUUCUUCCACAACCACCACUGCCUCAACUUCAUGCAGGGCAAGAACCCCACGGACGAAGCCGCGAACUUCUGGGUCCAGGCUUGCUUCUCGACUGGCAUGCUGUUGAAGUACUCUGGCCAGUUUUACUUGGCCACGGGCAGCACGCCAGCCGUUCUCACCGUUGUUCGCUUGAAGGAGCUCCCCUUCGUCUUCACGGGCUCUCUCCCGGCGGAGACGAACGACGAGACACGAAUGCCUCGCCAGAAGCUGGACGAGGUAGACCUGAUGAGCCCGACUGAGAGCACACGUGCUCUCGUCUUGGACGUGGGAAGGACCAUGGUUCAGCAGCUCCGCUUCGACUACGAGGAGGUGAAGCUCUUCGCCUACACUGUGCACGUCUGCGAGGGCCAUCUCGCAAACAAGUGUGGCUCGGCCUUGUUGCUGAGAAGGGGCCCUCAAGAGUUUUGCUUGCUUUGCUUCUUGGUGCACUCAGAGCUCAUCCUCUUGAGCUCUAGUGCCUCUUUGACGGAGUUGCUGCUGAAGCAUGACAUCCAGAUGCCCAAGAACUCGACGAAAGCUCAGAAGGUGAGGCGAAUCUUGGGAAUGGACAAGGUCAAAGAGACUUGUGCUGCAAGCAAGAUCGCGAAGCUGCUGGCUUCCCUUGAUGAAGCAGAUGCAAAGAAGAGAAACAAAGAGAAAGAGAAAGAAAAGAAGGACGACGAUCUGGACGAGGCAGCAGAGAUCGAAUGGGAGGAGCUGCAGGAAGAUCCUGCUGCACAGGCCUGCAGGGAGCUGCUUCAAAGGCUCGACGAGGAGGAAGAGAGAGAAAGAGAAGAGGAGGAGAAGAAGGAGGGCGAAGCUGCUCUCCAGCAGCCGACGGAGCAGCAGCAGCGAGCAUCCCGAGCGAUGCUCUCCACGACUGCCUCUCUCCCCGAUGAUCUGGUGAAAUCAAUGCCCAUCCCAGAUGGGGCGGCCAUGCACCAGACCAUACAUUCUGAUGCUACACUACCGCAUUUUCAAGGACGUUUGCUCGCCAACUGCUUUUUCGAAGGCAAGCCUCUCGCCUGCACCUAA